AUGACAAGCCACACCGUGAACGACAUCCCUGCGGACUUCAAGUCGACGCUGCCGCCCCGCAAGCGGGCCAAGACGCAGGAGGAGAAGGAGCAGCGGCGGAUCGAGCGGAUCCUGCGCAACCGCAAGGCGGCGCACCAGUCGCGCGAGAAGAAGCGGCUGCACCUGCUGUACCUGGAGCGCAAGUGCGCGCUGCUGGAGCGGAUCGUGGCGCACGUGGACCUGGGCGCGCUGGUGGCGGCGCGCGGGGACGCGGCGCUGGGCCGGGCGGUCACGGAGUACGAGGCGGUGGCGCGCGAGGGCUCGGGCACGCCGUCGUUCGCGAUCACGCUGGCGGACGAGCGCAGCGACAAGGACGAGGGCGCGGGGCUGUCGGCGGCGACGACGCCGAGCGUGAAGAGCCCCUGCGCGUCGGGCGCGACGCCGGGCUCGCCGUGCACGACGGUGGGCGAGGAGGCGUUCGGGCGCCGGGACUUCGUGCUGGAGGCGAAGCCGGAGCCGCUCGCGGCGGAGUCGUACUCGUACGGCGCGUUCGCGCCGGCGUACGAGGAGGGGCCGCGCGCGUUCGGCGGGCGGCCGGCCGCGAGCGAGUCGUGGAACCUGUUACUAACGCAGUCGCAGAACUACCCGUUGGGCGGCAGCAGUAUCUUCAAGGACGACCUGAACGAGCCGUUCGAGUUGACUGAUAGCUCGGUGGACUUUGACCAUUGGCGCAAUCCAGCAGCGGUUGUCCAGUGGAAGAGACGAGUGUGA